AUGUUUGACGCCAUCAAGAGCUGGUUCUCCGGUCCUCAGACUGAGGAGAACAAGUGGGAUGCUACCACUGUUCAGAUGCAGCAGCCUAACAGCCCCGCUGCUAUGAACGAGACCGUUACCCAGCAGCCUACUGCUGAGACUAUGGAUGUCCACGUCCGUGGUGGUGGUGAGGGUGAGGAUGUUUGCUGCGGAGUGUAA